CAUAUUGAUACUGCGUGGAACGCAAAUCCCGGAAGUGCUGAGAAACCUCCUUUGUUUUGGGGGUCGGAGGCUCAGAACUGGACGGUCGCUGGCCCGGGGCCCGAGCCGGGUGGACAGGCUGUUAUACCUAUGGAGAACAACCUGUUUAUCAAAGGCCCCCACAGGGUCAGUCAUCAUUGCAACAACCCAAUGACUGAAAGGAUAUUAACGCUCACCCUGGAGAUCAUCUACCUGCUGACUGGAGAGGAUUAUAUUGUUAUGAAGAAGUCUGGUGACCAUGUCUCACCCGGGAGCAGCCAUCAUAAUGUGUCAGAAGGUUUCUCCCGAACCCAGAUUCUCCGCACGGUGUCUCCUCUUCGCUCCCUGAUCCAUGAGAGAAACCAUGAUCAAAAGAUCCUGGAAUUGACCAAUCAGAUCAUCCACCUGCUGACUGGAGAGGUUCCUAUUAGAUGUGAGGAUGUCACUGUCUAUUUCUCCGUGGAGGAGUGGGAGUAUGUAGAAGGACACAGGGAUCUCUACAAGGACAUCAUAACCGAGAAACACCAGCCCCUCAGCUCACUGGGGGAGACAUCAACUUUGACUUCAGUUCCACAAGAAGAAUCUGCUGUUGUCCAGAAAACAAACAGUAAAAGUAGAACCGAAGCAAAGUGUUUCAGAAAGAAAAAUCUUAACAAAAGAUUAUGCAAAACUCUGGGAAAAGUUUACAAAAGUUCUAUCUUCAGUGGAAGUAAAUCUGAGGAUAUUUGUACAGCUACAGACUAUUUACAGAGAGUGGAUGCAUGCACUCACAUUAAGGAGAAAGCAGCCUUAAGUACAGAAAAAAAUCUCCCAAAUGUUCCUAAAUCCUCAGAACAUCCACAGACUGACUAUCCAUCUACUCAUAUUAAGGAAGAACCAGCCUCAUGUAAUGAAGGACAUCUCACAGACAUUUCUACACCAUCAGAACAUCCACAGACAGAAUAUCCAUCUAUUCACAUUAAGGAUGAAGCAGCCUUAUGUGAAGAAGGAAAUCUCACAGAUGUUUAUGGACCAAGAGAACAUCCACAGGGCCCCUAUACAUCUGUGCAUCUUAAUGGGGAAAUGGUUUCACAUCAGGAAGGAAGUAUUACGGGGAUGUAUACACGAAUAGAUCCUAUACAUGUAAAAUAUACAUCUACUUACACUAAUGAAGAGACACCCUGUUUUGAAGGAGAUCCUCCAUACACUGAUCCAUAUGAACCCCCGGGAUAUCAUUAUAAGAAGGCAACUUCUGGAGAAAUGGCUAAUAUCACUAUUGAUAUACCAACGCCAUAUAUAUCUACUUAUAUUAAGGAAGAACCGGCCUCAUAUGAAGAAGUCUGCAACAAUAUUGUAAUGCAUACGCAAGCAGAAUAUGCAUCUUUUUCUAGUUUCAGUGACACGCCAUCGGACCACGAGCUGAAUGUUCAGUCAGGGAAUAGGCAUGUUUGUUCUGCAUGCGGGAAAGACUUCCUCUAUAAAUCUAAACUUAUUCGACACCAGAGGCUUCAUACGGGAGAGAAACCGUUUGCAUGUCCUGUGUGUGGGAAAUGCUUCACACAAGCUUCCAGCCUCUCAACCCAUCGACGACGUCACACGGGCGAAAAGCCAUUUGUUUGCUUCGAAUGUGGCAAAUGUUAUACUGACAACAAAAACCUAAUUAAGCAUUUUAAAAUCCACUCACAAGAGAAAAUGUUUGUGUGCUCGGAAUGCGGUAGAUGCUUUCUGUCAGUAUCAGAGCUGGUGUCGCAUCAGAGAAUUCACAUAAAGGAGAAACCAUUUUCAUGUUCUGUGUGUGGGAAAUGCUUUACGUGUAAAGCACAUGUUGCCAGACAUCAGAUAAUCCACACAGGGGAGAGGCCAUUUUCCUGCAACAAUUGCGGGAAAUGCUUUGCAAGGAAUGCAACACUGGCUGCACAUCAGAGAAUUCACACAGGAGAGAAACCAUUUCCUUGCACCGAAUGUGGGAAAUAUUUCCGAUAUAAGAGCCAUUUUAACAGACAUAUGAGAAUACACAGUAGAGACUAUCGGAUUAAAAGUACUUUGUGAAUUCAAUGUGCAAUGUAAAUAUAAGCUGUUUUCGUUUUUACUUUUUUAUUAUUAUUAAGGGAAAAAUUAAGAAAAAAAUUGUCUUUUAAAUAAUAUGUAUUGAUACAUUAUGUUUGUUUAUGUACUAGUACCAACAUUCCUUAUAUAUGUCAGCCUGGGACAUCGUUAGUCCUCAGGGAAAUCUGUGCUUGAACAUUGUCUGUUUUUUAUUUCGAAUUGCCCAAAGAUUAAUCCAAUAGAUUUAUUCCUGAAUGCAACUGGAAGAUUUAACUUAAAUAUCAAAAAAGUCUAAUCAUUUGUUUUACCUGCUUUUACACUUUGCAGUUACCUGUGGGAUUUAAUUUGUUCUAAAGUAUUUCAGAUAAACAAAUGGCUGUUAAGCUUUAGCUGCUAUAAAUGCUCCUGUGAAAUGCAUUGGCCCACGGAGCUGAACUUUCACUGUUUUAACAACCACCCCACUGCCCAGGUUUAAAACAUUGCUUGGCAUGUGAAUUAUGUCUGUAUGUUAUGUGAAUUAUUUUCUAUUAUUUUACCUAAAGGGAUACUUUAAGCACCAUAACCACUAAAACGUGCUGUAGUUGUUAUGGUGUCUGGUUCCUGUUUAUGAAUGGUUUAAUACUUGCCUAACUAUUUUGAGUGUUCACAGUCCUUCCAGUCUGAGUUAAUAUUCUAAAGCAGAAAUUCAAUGGCUCAAUUUGUACCAACUCAUACAAAGUUUGGACAUUACUAUUCAUAGGAUAGGAGGGUCAGCUGACAUCCCUCCGCCAAUGGAUACAAACAAAGCUUGGUAUGUGUUGGUCUGAUAAUGCAGAAGCUCAGAACAAAAGGACAGUGUACACCCUACAUCGCAGGAUAACUGUAGUUGUUAUGGUGCAAACAGUGUCUUUUUAAUAUAAGAAUGUUUCACAAAUUGAAUGUGUUCUUGAGAAUUUUCCUGCAGUGGUUUAAUUAGCACUACCUGGCGCUAAAUUUAAUUCAAAUACUAGAGAAUCAACUACUAUCAAUCAACACACAGAUUACUAAGAUCCCAGUAGAAUAAUAUAUCUUGUUUAGCCAUAUGUUAGCUUUUCAGCAACGUAUUGUUCUCUGAAAACAUUGCAUAAUUUCCACAUCAUUCUCUAAAGAUCAAUAAACUUCUAUAUUGUAUAAUUACUAAGAACAAAUAUGUGAGCAAUCAGUUUAUUAUACGGCAGAGGAAUUCUGGUAAAAUACUGCAAAAGGAAAUCAACCGUAUUCUAUUGCAAAAUCAACAAAAAGCACCAUAACCGCUGCAGUGCACUGUAGUGGUUGUGGUGUCAGGAGUACCCUGGUGCCUCAAUCAUAAGAAGUCAAGUAGUAACGAGAACAGUUGCUUGUGCACUAUCCCAAAUCACUAUGCACAUUUAAAUAAAUGGAGGUUAUUUAGUAACUCUAGUGGCCAUUAGAUUGUAAACUCACCUGCCAUGUCAAGGCAUACCUCUUGGGUGAGUACUACGCUAAUAAUUCACCUUGCUUCUUUCAGCUUUGGUUAA